CUGCCCCUCUCGGGGUUGCGUUGGAGCUCAGUAGUAAUUAUUCAUAGAACGUACAUAGCUCCAGUCCCCAAAUGAUGCCUUCGGCUCACAUUGCAGCAUCCUUUGAACUACCCUGACUGCCUGCAACAUCAUGGCCGACAACGAGAAGGCUGGCGCAGGCGCCGGCAAGUCUGAUGUUCCCAUCCGCCAGAGCGCACCGGCUCGUCGCGCUCCUCUGCCCCUCGACGUCCCCAUCAUCAAGCACCUGAACAGCAAACGAACGAUUCUCGCGUCCGCCUCGCCUCGUCGCAAAGCUCUGCUCGCGCAAAUGGGCCUGACCAACCUCGAGAUUAUCCCCUCAACCAAGCCAGAGGACCUCGACAAGUCCGCCUACGGUCCGCAUGAAUACGUCGCGGCCACAGGCCGUCAGAAGGCGCUGGACGUCUACGAGACGGUGCUACAGACGCAUCUAGAGAGCAUACCAGAUCCAGACAUUGUAAUUGCAGCAGACACAAUCAUCGUCACACGAGAUGGGCGCGUAUUAGAGAAGCCAAAGAACGAAGCCGACCACAUCCGAAUGAUCAAGCUCAUGAGGGAUACCAGGAUACACAAGGUCCUUACAUCGGUGACAGUGAUUGCACCUCGCGAGGACGCGGCCUACCCGGGCUACGCGAUUGCUACGCACACGGAAGAGACAAAGGUCUUCUUCUGCCAAGAAGACGACGGGCUGCCAGAUGAUGUCAUUGAAGCCUACGUCAAAACGCGUGAGGGCGCUGACAAGGCCGGUGGGUACGCGAUCCAGGGAAUCGGAGGCAUGCUGCUCGUUGAGAGAAUUGAAGGCAGCGUGGACAACGUGGUCGGCCUUCCCGUGAGGAAAUGCCUUGCGUUGGCAGAGAAGGUGAUCUUCCAGCAAGAUGUAGAGGAAGUGGCAGAAGAAGACGAACCAGCGGACUAUUGAUCUAGACGGAUCGAAUGAGCUGAGAGUAAAUGGGAUAGAAUACUAGUGAGAAGGCAAUGUUGCACGGAGAUAUUCACAGGCGUUUUGGUCCUGUCACAUGUCAGUCCCGGCCACCGAACGCCAGGCGCCCUACGUACGUGUAUUAGCUACAAUAAAACCCGUAAAUACAUAGCUUGAUCAAUUUCAAAUAUCAUGUUAGC